AUGAACGACAGCCGCCGCAAUACUGCAACCGAAUUUAGUUACAUUCUACAAAGGCAGGGUAGCGAUGUUUCUGUAAGUGAAGCGCAUGCCUUUGAAGACAUUAAUAAUCUUAUGGAGGCUAAACACACGGCACAGCAUCAGCAACGUUCGCAUACUGAUGGCGGAGGACCGUACAAUGAUUCAUCGGCGACAUUGGAUGGCGACGCAUUGUCCUCGCUUCCUCAGGCCUCAUUCAACUAUAUAAAUUCCAUUGUGGGUAGUGGCGUCAUUGGCAUUCCAUACGCACUUCAUCGUGCUGGUUUUGGACUUGGGCUGCUCUUGCUGAUAUUGGUUGCUUAUAUUACGGAUUACUCACUAAUUUUAAUGGUAAGAUGCGGACAUAUUUGCGGGAAAUUUAGUUACCCUGGCAUUAUGGAAGCAGCCUAUGGCAAAUAUGGAUACUACCUUCUAUCGAUGCUACAAUUCAUGUAUCCAUUUCUGGCUAUGAUCUCGUACAAUGUCGUUGUGGGCGACACUUUGUCCAAAGUGCUGGUUCGCUUCUUUCCAUCGUGGGGCACAUCGAUGGGUGCAGUUCGGCUAGGAGUUGUCUUCUUCGUCACAAUUGGCAUCGUGGUUCCGCUGUGCCUGUACAAAAACGUUUCUCGAUUGGCCCGUGCAAGUUUUAUUAGUUUGGCUUGCGUGGUUUUCAUUUUGUUUGCCGUCAUUGUGAAACUACUGUCGGGCGAUUACACUGUCGCCGAUACUCCGGAAUCAUGGAGAUUUGCAAACUCUGAUUUGAUACCAGCUACGGGUAUUAUGGUUUUUGCAUUCAUGUGCCAUCACAAUACGUUCCUAGUUUAUCAGUCGAUGAGAAAUGCGACGCUCGAGCGAUGGGAGAAAGUCACGCAUAUUUCGAUUGGAUUUGCUCUAGCAGUGGCAGCCCUGUUCGGUAUAGCUGGAUACUCCACAUUCCGUGCGCUUUCUCAAGGUGAUUUGUUGGAGAACUACUGUUGGAACGAUGAUCUAAUGAAUUUUUCACGAGUGCUUUUCUCCAUUUCUAUUUUACUGACUUUCCCAAUUGAAUGCUUCGUUUCGCGAGAGAUUGUACGAGCUUUAGUGCAUCGGUUUGUACUAAAAGAACCCAUUAGUGAGCUGACAUUGGAUAAAGAUCCUAAUCUGGAGAAGGGUGCUGAUAUUGACGAAUAUUCCAAAACCAUCACUUUGGCCAUAGUUUUCAGUGCAUUUGUAAUUUCUCCAUUGACAGACUGCUUAGGCUCCGUACUUGAGUUGAAUGGACUUUUAGCGGCUAUUCCUCUGGCUUAUAUACUUCCUGGCCUGGCCUACAUACAAAUGGAGUCGCAUUCUCUAUUCAGCCGCGAGAAAUUGCCAGCACUGGGUUUGGUUGUCUUCGGCACUAUUGUUACAAUAUUGGGCGUAGCCGUACUCUUGCCAGGACUUAUGGGUGACUGCCGCGCCGAUGUCGUAAUGGAUUAUUGUAAGCAGGAAUUUACGGAGGUUGCCGGCACCAACGCAACCGCUUUAGCAACAAGUAAAAGAGUAAACUAA